ACACAAAACAAUGGAAUAAACACUUUAAGGGUGUGUGUCUGUGCUUUUUGCCAGGCUAUUUUUGCCCACAUCAAUUUGUUUUGUGCAUGGGGGAGGAGAGUCACUGGAAUUGAGCAGGGUUUUUGAGACCAAGGCGUUAACUAAUUAGCAUAAUUUUUCUUGUCUAUGGUGACGCUAUGUUUUGGGGGAGUUUACUGAUGUCUGCAUGGUACUUGUGCACGAACGCGUAGUCCAAGGUAGCCCUUAGUAGGUUUAAUAUUGGUAUGAAGCAUGGGCAUGGUGAUAAGUUGAACCGCAGGGGCAGAUAGCGCUUAUCCGAAUGACCCGACCGCUUGCGCCUGCUUUCGUAAUCUCAGUUGACCCAUCCACGUCGAAAAAAAAAAAAAAGGAUUUCGUUUCACUUACACACUGAAGCACUCGCCUCUUCCCUUUAUGUUCUCGCUGAUGAGUCCUGUAGGCGAUCGGCUCAGUCUGUUGCAGCUAUAACCCUGCUCGGCGUGCCUAAACUUUUCUCUGGAUUACUGCUUUGAUCGAUUUCGUCGCUGAAUGAAAAAAUAUUGUGUCGUGCUCUGCAUUCGUCGUCAGAGGAUAAGGUUCACCCGAGGAGGCCAUUGGCGGAGAGGCGUCACGUGACCAAGGGUGCCAAUGUUAUUCUACAAGGGUGUCAAGACCCUGUCAGUUUCUGAAAUAAAUAUUGGGAAACGGCGAGAUGCAAAAGGCAACCUACUACGACAGCUCUGCAAUUUACAGUGGCUACCCUUAUCAAAGCGCAAAUGGCUUCAGUUAUGAUGCCAAUCAGGUCCAAUAUCCCCGGGCCUCUCAUGUUGAAAGUGAGUACCAUCGACCCGCCUGCUCUCUGCAGUCCCCUGACGGAUCGGUCGCCCUGCAGAAACCAGGAGAGAUGGCAGAGAGCUGCGAUAGGAACACGGCUAUCCAGGCAGCGCAACACCCGGUUCAUCCUGAAAGCAAUCAAGCGCAGAUACCAGUGUCGGUGUCAGUACCACCCCCUGAACCACAAUCCCCUGGUGCUCUUAGCCAAAACACGAGCAAUGGUCCCAGCCUGCCCAACACAAAGAACGGUUCCCCGACCUCCACAACUCGAAAGCACAUCUUCCCCUGGAUGAAGGAAUCCCGUCAAAACACCAAGCAAAAAAACACCAGUAGUUCCAGCUCAGUUGAAAGUUGCCCUGGAGACAAGAGUCCACCAGGGUCGGCUGCGUCGAAGAGAGCCCGGACAGCUUACACCAGCGCUCAGCUAGUAGAACUGGAAAAGGAAUUCCAUUUCAACCGUUACCUCUGCAGACCCCGCAGGGUCGAAAUGGCCAACUUGCUCAACCUCACGGAGAGGCAGAUUAAAAUAUGGUUCCAGAACCGGAGGAUGAAGUAUAAAAAGGAUCAGAAAGGGGUUGGUAUGAUGCCCUCUCCCGGAGGACAAUCCCCUCGUAGCCCAAUUGGCCCGUCUCCUGGAGGAGGCGGUGGAGGAUACCUCAAUUCUAUGCAUUCUCUCGUAAACAGUGUACCUUAUGAGUCCCAGUCACCAACAUCUUACAAUAAGCCCCAUCAAAAUGCAUACGGUAUGUCCACGUCAUAUCCCCCUACCUUGAACAAUUCCCUCAACUGCCCGCCCACUCAGAAGAGAUAUCCUGGAACCGACUCGGCCACGCCCGAUUAUGACGCGCAUCCUCUCCAAGGCAACAGCAACUACGGGACGCACUUGCAGGGCAGUCCUGUGUAUGUUGGCGGAGGCUACAUUGAUUCAAUGCCUAACUCCGGGCCCUCAGUUUUCGGUCUGACCCAUCUCCCGCACCCGCCGUCCACUAAUAUGGACUACAAUGGAGCAAUCACAGUGGGAAACAGUCACCAUCAUGGAGUGUGUGAUCCGAACCCGACCUAUACAGACCUUACGCCGCACUACUCUCAGGGAAGAAUUCAGGAAGCGCCCAAAUUGACGCAUCUGUAGCCGUGGCGUACCUCGGAUCACUCCGCCCAUUGUCUUAUACCUCCAGACUUAUCGCUUUGUUUCUGCGCCUCUUUAACGGCUUCCUCGGUCUCUUCUAUUCUUUACGUUUUAUUAGUUUAAUGUGUGAAGUAGUGUAGGAAAGCAUUCAUGAUGAAUUAUUUCUAUAUUUUGUCCCAUAAGGCCUACAAAAGGCUGUGUAGCCUAUGUCUUUAUGGACACGUUACGGGCGAGGGCACACCAUCAUGCAUAGCCUAGAUCUAUUUAAUCUUUAACUUGUUUCUAAAACGAAAAUCAAACAGGGUAGCAUAUAUGAACAAAUCUUAUGAUAUUAUUUUAAUGUGAAUUUGUUCGUCAUUAUUUAUCCGCAUUUGAAGAAUUGUGUUACGCAUUUUGUUGCACUUCUGUAAGAAUCCUCGAGAACCACGGUCUAGGAUUUUGAGGAAACACACUUUUAGAAGGUAGAGGGUUCCAGCGUACGACCUUCCCUGCUUGUGUUCUAAUGGACAUUCAUGUUAUUUAUUUUGUUCCAAGUAAACUAGAAUUCUUUAGUAUUAUUUGACACUCCCACGCUCUUUGUGUGGGCGAAGGUUAAUGGAACCAAGCUUGUUGCCCCGUUCCACCCCUUACCUGUAUACACAGGGUCCUCAUCAAGACAUUGACAUGUUUUUGGUGUUUGUUUUUUCAUCGAGGAGGUGUUUAAUUUUCUAUAGGAAUGUAAAUCAAUUAUUCAUGCAAUAAGUUUGGAAAGAAAAUACAAAAAAUAUUUGAAGUUUCUUUAUUGGAAAAUUAGUUUCAGAUAGCAUCAUUUGUCAUACAUUCCGUGCUAAAUAAAUACAUUGAAAUAGAAA